AUGGCUUCUGUGAGUAGCGAUGAUACGGUAGGGAGUGACGGGUCUACCGCAUGUGUGUCACCCCAAGAGAUGAUCAAUGAAUUCUGGGACGGCCUUAUCACGAAGAAGCCAGCCAAGGUCACCAAGAUCUUCCCACAGAGUCUUUACACCCAUCUUCUCCCCCCACAACGCAACUUGGGUACUUCCACUGGAAAGAAUGCAAACGAGUCAUACGAAGCAGCCGCAGCAGAAUGUCGCGCUCGCGUUGAACGCAUCGUCAAGGAGUGUGUACGUACAAACGAGAAGUUUACAGAUCAAGACUUUGACAUUGAGAACCUGGGGAACAAGAACUGCCUGGAGGGCCUCAUGUAUUGCAAUCCCGCCCUCAUGGACAAGAUCUGUGUCGCGCAGGACGAAGAAUGCGGUGUGUAUGGCUUUGUCUUCUAUAGAGACGGCGAGUGGAUCUGGACGGUCGUUGAUGACAACCUCUACCUUAGCAGCAGUGACUUCGGCGCUGCACGGGGCGAUCGAUGGGAUCCGACGAAUACGGAAGAGAUAAAGUACAAGAAGAACGAGCAGACCGGAUCAAGAGCUCUCUAUUUCGCUUCAUGCGAGGAUGAGAACGAGACCUGGCUACCCCUACUUGAGAAGGCAUACGCAAAGGGCAAGUGGUUUUUCUUGUUGCACGGCGACUAUGAUGCGAUUGCAGGGGGAUACAGCGGCGAAGCGGUUGAAGACCUGACAGGAGGUGUCACAACUAAGAUCCUGACCAAUCGCGUGCUACGUAAAGAAUCCCUUUGGAACGAGUUGCUUCAAGUGGGCAAGAAGUUCCUCUUUUCUGCUUCCUCGCUAACUGCCUAUGGUGACGACACCAGCGCUCUGAAAGGCCUAGCAUUGGAGCAUGCUUACUCAGUACUGAAGGUUGUGGAAGAGGAGGGCGAAGACGGUAAGAAGUACAGACUAGUUUUGAUACGCAAUCCGUGGGGCGGCCGAGCUGAUGCCGCAACGGGCGAGUGGACAGGUCCUUGGUCGGAUGGGUCUCGUGAGUGGACGCCGUAUUGGCUGAAGAAGCUCGAUCACAAAUUCGGAGAUGACGGUCUCUUCUGGAUGUCGUACGAAGAGAUGCUCGAGCGAUUUGAUCUGCUUGAUCGCACUCGCCUGUUCGACGACACAUGGACUGUUGUACAGCACUGGACCAGCGUUUCAGUGGCAUGGGUAACCGGCUAUAUGGACACCAAAUUCUCAGUUGAGAUCAAGAAGUCUGGGCCCACUGUCUUCGUACUCUGCCAGCUCGAUGAACGCUACUUCAAGGGUAUCCAAGGCAAAUACCAUUUCGAUUUGCACUUCAUACUACAAGGCAAGGAUGCUGGACCAGGCGAUCACAUUGUACGUGCUCGUGGCGCCUGGUUCGACGAUCGGACCAUCUCGGCCGAAGCCAAUCUCGAGCCAGGCAUAUACGAAGUCGUACCCAAGAUUGAGGCGUCACGCGAUGCGCAAAAGCCAGAAGUCUAUGAAGUGGUGAAAAAGCUUGCUACCAGUAACCCACAAAAGCUACGACAGAUUGGGCUGAAUUACGACAUUGCCCAUGCCAAGGGUACGUUUGAGACCGAUAAAGAGGCUGCUGAAGUCAAGGAAAAAGAAGCGAAAGCAGCAAAGAAGGAGAAGGAAGACUUUGAAACUUUCAAGAAGAAAACAACAGAGGGAUUGGAGGUGUGGAAGAAGGAGAUUGAGGAGAAGCUGAGUAAGCAGGGGUCAGUCGAUACGAAAGAGUCCAAGGAUAGUGAGACUACAACAGAGCAGCCUGUCACCAAAACGGAUGCCGCUGAAGGUCCCGAGGACAAGAAAGACACAUCGGCUGCUUCUGAUAAGUCAGAGGACUCAUUCGCCACAGCCACUGUCACGGCUAAAUCCUCAGGCUCUACGACGGAGCCUGAGACAGAAGUCCAAGUUGUCGACUCAAGCAAGGAUAAAGAGGGAACCAAGGGCGAUGACACUGCUGCCGCUGACAACGAGGCAAUACUUCCUCAUUCUCGUGAGACUCAGACUCAGACUACAAGCGAUGAACCUACCCCCACUCAGCCUCCUUCAGCUCCCAAGCCCGCUCCCACCAAAGAAGAGGUUAAACCAUGGAAUGCAGUCUGUAUUUUGGGCUUGAGGGUGUAUAGUUUGGACCCCGAGGUGACUAUCAAGUUGGUCAAACCUAAGGAUGCGGAGGAGGCGGCCAUAUUGGAUGUGGAUGGAGACACGGCCGCUGGUGCGACUAUGUGA